GCCUCACACGAACCGCCGAAAUUAUAGUUAGUGGCCCCGACGGGUAUUCCCAGAGACCAGUCUCGCUUACCAAAACACCGCGUUUCGAGAUCUCCCUUCGGAUCGACGGGGAUCGUCGCACCCGAAGAAUAUUCGACAUUCUCGCCGAACAUACUUGAGACUUUGAAGAUCGAUUACGCAGAGUCGAAGCGUCUGUCGGGACUAUCGUCGGCGGGAUUUCAGUGCACCGAAAUCGUUCGACGAACGUUGUUUUAACAUGGUACCAACGCGUGAAAUUAUCGUUUCUCGUUCUCGUUCUCGACUUGACGACUCCGGAGAAGAUUUUAGUGAGCGCAAAGUUGGAUUCGAGUGAGAUUUGCCGUGAAGGCAGUGACAGUCCGACGGUUGCCACGGACAGACAGUGAGUGCGAUUUCUUUCAGUGGAACUCGUGAUUGUCUCGAUUGGAUUCGAUUUUCACGGGAAAAUUGGGAAUUCCUCGAAUUCCUUCGUGGCAGAAGGUCAUCGGUACGUCGUUGAUUCAAGAAGCAACGUCAGAAGUUGCUUCGUUGGUACGAGAGAAGCUUUCGUCAUUGCCGCGGUGGUACUGAGAAGAAUCGGUCGAGAUAUUUUCGCCGGAAGUGCGAACGCGAGAGUGGCCCAGCAAGAGAUUUGAAUGCGAAGUUAAGCGAGAAUCUUAUCCGUCGCCGUGUCGUUCUUCCAGGAGGGUCGUAAAGAUUCUUCUCCCCUCGAUCCUCGCCAACGUCGUCGCCUCUCGUCGCCUCUAAUCGUAAAAUCAGGAGACUGAAGAUCUCUUUAGAUGCUUCUGGUAUUUUCAUUGAAGGACGAGAAAAUCGUAUCUCGUAACUCUUGGUCACCACAAGGGAAAAUUUUCUGUAAAUAGUACUCCUUGAUUAGCGGACUGUUUAACCCUAACAUACGCCGAAUUCCAACAAAUCAAGAAAGCUCAACAAGAUCACGUUCAAACUUCACAUCUGCAAAGACCAACCUGAAAUAUAUCCUAAAGAUCACUUCAAAUCUCCUAACAAGAAAGAAGGAGAAACAGGAAGAUUCUGUCUAUCUGCAAGACCACCAGAAACAACUUUCAGCGCAGUCAAACUCUUCAAACCUUCCAACCAAACCAAAAUUUCCGAAAGAAGGAGUUGCAAAGUAUAUCAGAUUCAUCUCGAGAAUCGCAAAAGAAGUUAUCUUAAAAAAGAAAAAGACGAAAGAAAAAUUGCCAAAUGUUGCUCUAGACCUUCUCUGCUGAUAGAGAAGAGCUACCUGUUUUCAACUCGGGUCGAAAGAACGAAUCGUCGAGCGUCGGGUAGCAUCAUGUCAGGUAACGACGAAGCUUGACCCGGGGGAAAGUUGAAGCAGCCGAGGAUCGUCGUAAGGGCCGGGAAGCUCGAGCAGUGAACCGAAUGGAAGGAUGUAUCAUCCGGCGUUCUGACUGCCUAUGGAUAUAUUCGGCCGUUGCAACGGCGGCGGUGGCGGAAGCACGGUAUCCGGAAGCGGCGCUGGCUCGGUGAGGGGGUCCAGCAACGAGUCGAGCUGUGGAACAGGGAGUGCUCCUAGCGAGAGCGGCGGAACCAGCGACAGGAUGCAGUUGACAGGGGCCUCGGCUCCUGGCGCUGCCGCCUCGCCGGAGUCAGGCGUUUCUCCUUUGACCGAUGCCUACACCAAGAUGACCAGCGACAUCCUCGCCGAGAGGACCCUCGGUGACUUCGUCAGCGAGCAUCCUGGAGAACUCGUACGGACAGGUUCUCCUCACUUGGUCUGCAGCGUGUUGCCAGCUCACUGGAGGUCCAACAAGACCCUUCCAGUAGCCUUCAAGGUGGUCGCUCUUGGCGAGGUCGGCGAUGGCACUUUGGUCACCGUUCGUGCUGGUAACGACGAGAACUGCUGUGCUGAGCUGAGAAACUCGACUGCUCUGAUGAAGAACCAGGUGGCCAAGUUCAACGAUCUUAGGUUCGUCGGCAGAAGUGGCAGAGGGAAGAGCUUCACGUUGACCAUCACCGUGUCCACGACGCCACCGCAAGUCGCCACGUACACGAAGGCCAUUAAAGUAACUGUGGAUGGGCCGCGAGAACCGCGAUCCAAGACCAUGUUGUCUCUUUUAGGGCAGCAGCAGCAGUUCCACGCGUUCGCGUUCGCGUCGCAAAGGGGAGGGCCGUUUUUCGCCUCGCCGCUGGUGGAUCCCUUGCAACCCUUGCCGAAUCCCCUUCAACCGCUGCCGAAUCCACUGCAGCCGCGGGAUCCGUUGUCCUCCUUCAGGCACGCGAUGCCAGGCAACUGUCAAAACAUGUCCCAGUUCGGUCUGUCUGCAAGCAAUUCGUGGGGAUACGGAAGCACGGCCGGCUACGCUGGUUAUCUUCCUGGCCCUUUGUCGUCGUGCGCCGCACAAGCGUCCUUUCCACCCCCACCGCCGCCACCUCCGCCACCACCUCCGUCGUCCUCGUCGUUGGCAUCUUUCGCGGGCGCCGCGUCCAUGAACACGCCGGCGGCGCCCGACUCGACGGCGGGAUCCACUGUCACUUCCGGCACCGGUGCAGCAUCCACCGCGCAGCAGGAUGCCUUCUCAGCGGUCUCAUCUCUGGUGCCGGAUUCGACGACGCCGGGACAAUCGGACCCGCUGGACCCUCUGAGCAGUCUAAUGUCGGCGACACCGAGUCAAAGGUACCAGGACUACGUCUCUCCCAGGUCCCUGUCCACCGACUCGAGCACCACGGAGAGCCCAGUGCACGAGGAGCAAGGAUUCGGUCAAAAUUACGGCAACUACUUCCCAACGCCUGGCGUGCUGCCCAGCAUCCUCUAUUCCCAGCUGUACGGGAAUCAAUUUCAGAAUUCGGAAAGCCCCGAGCAGAGAGCAGUGGCGGACAGCUGCAGCGUGAGGCAGGAGGAAGUCAGGCCGGACAACAACGUCUGGAGGCCUUACUGAGAGCCGGACGGUGACACGUUCUCGCGAUUCUGAUGAUUUUAGGACAUUUCCCUCCGUCCGCGUUACUCCGCGCGCGGGCGUGUAACAUUCAGAUAUGAGCAAACUGUGAUCGGUGGAUGAGAAGGUGGACGAGGUGUUGGCUCGAACAGGCGAACGAAACUAGCUAUUAGUGGGCAUUAAAAAUGAGAAGAAGAAAAGAAAAAAAAAAAAAGAACAAUCCGGUGCGUGUUCGAGAUGACAAAAAGAGGGUUCGGGCUUGAAUCGGGCGGCUCGUUUUGAGAUCACAUCGAUCACGAUUGCGAGAUCGAUGGUUGUAACUCGUAGGUGGUUGUGAAUAAAUAUUUUAUCUGUUUGCCUGUCGUUGAAGUUGAACAAUUUGAGUGAAUUAUUUGGCCAUUGAUAAUUGGCGUGGCACGGUAGUCCAAAACUUCGAGAAUGAGAAUGAGAUUUGUACGAUUUUUAAAAUUAUGAGAAUGUAUAUAUUGGCUUUUGGAUUUAGUAUAUUGGGGAAAAAUUGAAAAUUCGGAAGUUUCUGAAAAUACAAUAUUGACCGGGAAUCGAUUUGGAAACAUUGGAAGGAAAGAAAGAAAUUUCGUGAAAUUUUGAUUUUUAAAUUGUCACUUGAAGAAUUCACUACUCGACGAGUGUAACUCAAAUUUUUUAAUGAAAAUUCGAAGGAGUAUUCACUAGGUUCGUUCUGUAAUAAUUUUUUUUAGUGUGAUCUUUUAACAUUACUGUUUCAAUUUUUAAUUUCAAAUGA